GUGUGCUCUUUUAAUACUGAUUGUGCCAAUAGACUGGAAGUUCCUACAGUUCAUUCUUUGGGAAAAGGUCAUUCACCUCACACUAUAAAUGGUCCCACUAAAGAGGUGUGUUUUCUUCAGAGGUUGGAAUGUACCUCACCUGUUGGACUGGCCUUCACACAUGACUCAGGAGCAGAAUGAAUCACAGCUUGUAGCACAUCCAGAGCAGGAGGACAGGGAACCUUGUCACUGCAUUGCCACAGUGACAUUACCACUGAUGGGAGCUCGGAGGAGACGUCUUGGGAUGACAGGGCUGAAAGAAGAAAUGUAGCUUCCUCCCUGCUGGGAACUGCCUGUUUCUGGCAUCUGCACCACUGAAGAGGCACUGGUGAAGGUGUGAUCCAUUCCAGCUGCAUAUACAAAUAUGAAGAUCUUCUGGAUAAUACCAUUUUUCCUGCUGCAAGACACUGAAGCUUUUCUGAUAAAAAAUGCUAAAUUCAACCUGUGUUUACAAGCCAGUCCAAUAAAUAGGAAUUUAUUACUGGAGAACUGUAAUCCAGAGUCAGAUUUCCAGGACUGGUCUUGGCAAGGCGACUCUUUGGUGAAUCAUGGCACGCAGAGCUGCCUCUCUGUGUCAGGGGCUGACAGAGUGCAGACAAGUCUCUGUGCCAGCACGGGCCACAUGAGCUGGGACUGCUCCAACUCUCUGCUCUCGCCUCUGGGCACCAGCCAGAGCUACCUGGUGGCAAACAGGAAAGGAGUCGCUCUCGGUGACGUGAGAGGCCUCAAGGCCCAGUGGCAGGAUGCUGCGGACAGGAGCGUGUGCGAGGAGAAAACCGCCAAGGCGGGGCACAACAGGUACUUCCCAGCUGCCCUGACCAGCCCACAGGUGCAUGAGCACACAGCUGGCAAUGCCGCCCUUCUGCUGGGCAUGGACCAGGAACAGCUGGAGGAGCUGCUCUGGUUCUUCCGCAGAGAAGACCCCUCAACAUGGAAUUACUGUGUCCUUGCGCUGUCCCUCGGAACCUUCAUUUUGGGUCUUGCUCUCCUGACCGUCAACAUUGUGCGAAACAGGAAAAGGAAGAUCUUCAUGAGCGGAAACGCAGAGCAAACCCCGCUGCAGGCUGAGCUGGAUCCCAAGAAAGCCCUGAUACCUGUGCAGGAUUAUGGUCUAGCUGAGCCACAAAAACAGGAGCCAGUGCCCCAGGACCAAAGACCAAGGGAAGUGGUGGUCCAGUGGAAGGACGGGACCAUCACGUCCCUGUACACGGAUUUGCCUGAGGAAGCCAUAUAGCAGCAGCUGAAGUCAGACCAUGUAGGCCCUGAGGAAGGUAUUGGAAUAUCUCAUUUUGUAGAGAUGGAAGUUUAAAAAUGCAGUUUAGCCUGGGGAAAGAAAAGACAAAAAGAAGAAAGCAGCAGAGUUGCACCCAGAGGAGAGGCCCUGGCCUCAAGGCAACCCCUGCCUCUCCAGCUCAGCUCUUGCCUGGCUGAUGUUCCCCUGCAGGUUUUGGCUGCCUCCAGCCUUCCCUCUGGCACCAGCUUCACCCCUUCCCUCAGGUGCUGCAAACAGCUGGGAGCAAAGCCAGGGCGGGAGGUAGGAGGUGGGAGGCUUGUCCUGCAGUCAGCCACUUCCUGUCAAGAAAACAGCCACACUGAAGCUGAGGCACUUUUAUUCUUUUC